AUCGAACACGAAAGUCGCAGCCCACCAGGAUACCUAAUCAUUCUGUUGGUAGUUGAGAACAAAAUCUGCUAUCUUCUGUCUGUGUGUUUCUUGUUGAUGCAUCUACGAUUCAUACAAUGCGGAUCCUCUUGACCUGGCUUUCGUCGGAGCUGGUAUCUAACAGGACCUUCGGCGUCCUGGGAGCUUUCCGUGUCGAACGAACACAGCUCCAGAGCAGAAAAGGUUUUUGGCGCGUUCUCGCAAAUGAAGACGCCACGUUGUCAGCACCAACAGAAUUAUCUCAGCGUUUGCAGGGAGGACGCUGGUCUGAUAGGCGCUCCUCUUGCUCCGCUCAGGGAUCCCUGCGUCGUGCCUCCUAUAAUGACGAAUCCAUUGCCGCUACUACAAGUGCGCGCGUAUCACAUAGAAAAGUCUGAGUAGAAUACCAUGGAUUUUGAUUCUUUGCAGGCAAAACCACAGUUGUGCGCAAGGGUAAAAAGGUGCGGUUUACGCCGACACUGGAGCUUGUGCUUGACACGACUUAUGCGUGCGGCUUAAUAGUACAAUUGCGGACCUCUCUACUCUUGCCUUCCGUGGACCGCCCCGGCUCGAAUCAAAAUCAAUCCAUAUGAAAUACUACAACUUUUCUGUGGGACCACGCACGCACAUCAUUGACUCCUCCCGUGGCCUUGCUCUGCUUCGAGGAAAUCAUGACAGAGAAGUGGACAUGCACAUAAGCACUGGAGAAGAGGACGCAGACCGGCGACAUGAAGCAAGUUUGCUUUGCCGCGAGCGCAUCUGGAUAUCCGAAAGAAAAGUAAAUCCGUACCAGAAAGAGAGCUGAAUUUGUGUUGCUGUUGCUGUUUUUCUGUCACAAAAAAAGCUUCUGGCGAUGAUCUGCAGCAGGAGGAGCAAGCUUCUGUCGUGCAUGAUGGAGAACGUAAUCCCGUCUAGUGUGACAAGGUCAAGAAAGGUGCUGAUAAAACAUUACCUCUCAUGCUGAACAUCAAAGACACAAAAAACAUCAUGACAAAUUUAUUUUUUCUCUGGUGUGGUGGGCUUUUCAUUUUCUUUGUGAUACAGGAGUCAAAACGACGAACUUCGCGAUGAUCAGAUGGACAAUACCCAGCGGGCUCGGUACGAGCAAAGACUCGCCGACCUGAGACUGCAAGCAGAAGAACAGCUACGCGAAAAUCUAUUCCGGCGAAAUGUGGCCCGUCAGUCAAGAUGAUCUUGAAACAAAAGCUAAGCAUGGUGUAAUGAAAUUAUUGGCCGCAUAACAGUAUGUGUUUUUCUUGCUGGUUGUGCUUGUAAGUACCGAUCCGUCCAUGGCAACUGUAGACAGUCUAUCAUCCACGGAUCCUCGAGAACGCCAGAACUCGACCAUGCGCAGGCUUGCGUGCAGGUAGCUGCAGUGCAGCAUGAAGUGCGACGCUAGAUUGAGGUUAGCGAGCUCCAUGAUCGAACCUGUAUUGUGGCGUGACAAAGAAAUGCCCACACAAAGUGCAUUCCGCAUCAAGGAAAAAAACGCCUGCUUUUUUGUAACAUGCCGCUUCUGUGCAAGGAUGCAUGAGGGACGCGUCCGCUUUUCACGGUGAUAGCGAGCCCUGCGAUAUGAGGAGCAGGUGUCUCUCUGGAGAAGAGAAAGCCAGCUACGGAACCGAAAACGACAACAAGAGGAGGAAGAGGUUGAAGCGGCGACUGAUCGCGUGUUGACCGAAAUACCGCAAUGCAAAGGUCCCCCCCGAGGAAACGCGGUUGAAUUUUGUACAUUACGGCAGCGAGUGCCUCGCGGACCAUCUUGCAUAUGCCCGGAUCAACAAGACAAAUUCAGUCUGUCUUUUCUCUUUGUGUUAGCAGACCCGCAAAAAUCCACGACGAGGAACGCAGUGACUAAAAGCCCAAGCAGAAAUGAUCUAGAGAAAAGGCAAGAAUUUGCUUUGCGUGAUUUAGCAGCUACAUUGUGCGCGGGGGCUGUUCUGCUCUAUGCCUUUUAUGCUUUUUGUCGGCUGCAUUCAAAUGAUGUUGAUAGCGACCCACGGGGGGCCGCUAUCAGCGUCAUGAUCUCAUAUGUAGUGAGGUCACCGAACGGCUCUAGCCUGCCAGUUUUCUUGCCAUGCCCCGCCAAAAACGCCCGGCAGUUUUGUUCCAGCCUGUGCAAAGAGAGUUUUUUCGCUUGAAAAAAAUCAAAGCGCGCCAGCCUGUUGGGCUUUGCCGUCAACGAAUCGCCGGCGGAUUCUAUCGAUCGCCGCUGGAGAACACGACGCAAGGGAGCCGGCAAAAGGGGCGCCCUUCUGACGCGCCCACCGCCUUGGUUUCUGGCGACUUUGGGCGCCCAAAAAGGCGCCCCAAAAAGACGAGCCCAAAAUAAGAACAGCGAAACCGCAUGGCGCGGCCGCGAUUUCGGAGCAUUAAUUUUGGGCGGCCGCGGGUGCGGCCGCCUUGCUUUUCGCCGGUUUCUAAUCGGAGGAGGCUUUGCAAAAAGCGCCGGCGCGAAAAAUAAAAACGGGAAAAAGAAAAAGCGCGCCGCGCGCGCGAAGCCAAUCCGCAUGCUAUGGGCCCCGUUUUCCUUUGGUUUUUGGGCGCCCCCCGUGGCGCCCGGAUCGGGCCCGCGUCGGGGCUGGCUUUCUUAAGGGAAUUUCGAAAAUUUGCCAAAAAUCUUUGGGGUUUUUGAAUUGGCCGCCAUUCCGUGAGGCGUAAUGUUAUCCACGACGGCACGGCGGGGCCGCAAAAAGCAUAACCCCGGCAAAGGCGACGGUCGGCAAGAAGGCGGCUAUAUUUGGCAUCGUUCUUGUCAAUGAACAUCAGUUGCAUAAACGUCAACUGUGACGACUUGCACGCACAAAGAUCACUCGAACCUAGGGGCGGGACUCUCUUCACCCUUAACAAGAGCGCGCGAGACAGAACUAGCCCUUUCGGAACAGCGAGAGACACGCGCAAAAGCACUCGCAAAGGAGCGCGCCAUAGGGCUCGAGCAUGAGUUUCAGCUUAUCUGAUGUAAGUAUCACAGUCAUGGGGUCAGAAAAGACGCAGAGAAGCACUAUUUCCACCUGUGAUCAGGCAGAUGAGUCCUUGCUCUUGCAUACCAAUGCGCGAUAUGCUUGGCGGUGGUAAAUGAACUUGUUGAAUGCCGGCUCGUCUAGUAGACAAGUUGCAUUAUCGCAAAAAAAAAAUGGACAUCGCUCUAUUGAAAACGUAAGUCGCAUAAAAGAUUGAUAUGGGAGGGGCAUUCAAUAAAUACGUCACGUCAGCAUUCGUGGCACUUUUCUGCUCACAAGCAUUCAAGUUCAGCAUGAGUGAGGCACACUUUCUCCUCAGAUACUAGGCAUGACACCAAACUUGCUUUCUCUGAUCCCACCGCACUUACACUGCAUUUCGCUGGGGUUGGAGCAAGCCCGUAUUAGGACGCUAACCCGUGACAAUGAGGUCAUCGAUACAUGGUCUGCACAAAGGAUGGCUGAGAUAGAAGCUGCUCUCCAUCGCAAGCUGGAGUCGGACGAGAACGAACGGCGCGACCUGAGGCGGAGGAUGCAGCAUGCAAACUCGGAAUUAAGGCGCCUGCGUCAGGAACACAGCCACGCACAGCAUGCAUUGCGCGAAAACGAUCGUGCGCUUGCAAGACAGCAGCAGCACGACCGCGCGGAGAUCGCACGCCUGGAACGGCGCGUGGCCGAGAUCGAGGCUCGUCUCCGUAGAGAUCAGCGGGAGAAGCAUGAAGCAGAAGAAAAGGUCCGUAAAGCAACAGACGAAAAUAACGAGGUAAAGGCCGCACUACAGGAAGCGCGAAACCAGAAGAGGGAGCGAGACCGGAAACGAGCCGAAGAAGAAAAGCGCAGGAGGGAAGAAGAAGAGCGGCGAAGGCAAGAAGAAGCGCGACGCAAGCAGGAAGAGGACGAACGGAACCGCGAAACUCAGCGUACUCGGCACAGAUCGGCGAGCCCUGAGUGGCCUUCCCCGCCUUCCCCGCCUUCCCCGCCUAGGGCACGAAGUCCAUCCCCAUAUGAUUGGGGUUUCCAUUACAACGUCGGACACUAG